ACGUUUUAAUAUGCCACUAUAAUGCUUUAAAAAGGCAAUGAAAAUAUAAUUGAAUCUAAGUAGUGAGUAAAAAGGUGUCUCAAAAGCACCACGAAAGGAGGAGGUAGACUUUGAAUGGAACGCGUUCCCGCGAGGUUUCGUUUAGUUUAGUUGAGUAAAUGCCACGUCUUAUUCUCAGCCACCAGCAUCAUCAACGUAGGCAGAAAUAUUGGUAGUUCUGAGCUCAGGACAGACGGUUAUCAAGUGGCCGACACUCGGUGAUAUCUGGCACGAUCUGGGUUUUAAUAUGGGCUGUUUACGUCUGCUGGCAUUGACAUUGGCAACAUCUGCAGUACUAUUGUUGGCAUCCCCUUUAGCCACUGCUCACAGCCAUUCCCAUGGUGACCAUGGACAUACCCACGGCCACCAUCACCACCACCACGGCCACUCACACGGCGAGGAUGACCACCAUGGGCACUCCCAUGGCUCUCAGGUGAAGAUGUUCCAUGGAGCAAGCAAGUGGAGCGCUGAGGCCAACCUGCAGGAAGAGGAGCACGAUCACGGCCACGAUCACGGACACGGCCACUCUCAUGAUCACGGACACGAUCACGGACAUGGGCACUCUCACGAUCACGGACAUGAUCAUGCUCAUCAUGAGAAUGUUGUUCGAGUACACAAGGAGGGAGGUGGACACGAGCACUCACACGGAGGGGAGAGGACGAAGAGGGAGGCGGGCAAAGAGAAGAGGAACAUGGUGGAGCUCUGGACACAGGCUAUCGGAGCCACUCUGCUCAUUAGUGCAGCUCCCUUCCUCAUCCUGUUUCUGAUCCCAGUUCAGUCCAACAGCGACCAGCACCAGAAUCUACUCAAAGUGCUGCUGAGCUUCGCAUCUGGUGGAUUGCUGGGUGACGCCUUCCUCCACCUCAUACCACAUGCUCUGGAGCCCCACUCACAUCACGAAGAUGGGGAUCAUGGACACUCGCAUGCAACUGAAGAGUCGCAUGACCACGGCCACUCUCACGGAGCGGCCCACGGUCAUAUGAUGUCUGUGGGUCUUUGGGUUCUCGGUGGGAUCAUCGCUUUCCUAGUGGUGGAAAAAUUUGUGCGUCUGCUGAAGGGAGGACAUGGACACGGACACUCCCAUGGACACUCUCACGUUGCUGCCAAAGAGAAGGACAGUGAUGGAGAGGAGGAAAAAGAAAAGAAGAAGAAGGAGAAGAAAGAAAGCAAAGAUCAGAAACCAUCAAAGAAAGAGGAGAAAAAGAGUACAGAUAUCAAGGUGUCUGGUUACCUAAACCUGGCAGCUGACUUCACACAUAAUUUCACUGAUGGUUUGGCAAUUGGAGCUUCAUUCCUGGUUGGUCCAGCUGUGGGCACCGUCACCACCAUCACCAUCCUGCUUCAUGAGGUCCCACAUGAGAUCGGAGACUUUGCCAUCCUCGUCCAGUCUGGCUGCACCAAGAGGAAGGUGGACUCUUUCUGUACAACGGCUCAGUAUCAACUUAACAUCUUCACUACAUCGACCAUCCGGCCGCCAUCUAACUACAUGCUGAGCUGACAAGUAACUUCCCUCUAAGUCAGAAACAUUUUCCAUCUGAAUCCAUAUCAGUUUAAGAUGUAACAGGUCUUCUGUUCAUUUCAAGGUUUGGUGAGUGAAAGAGUGGAGACAGUGCUGGUGUGGCUCUCACUGAAGUGACUCAGUGCUCUGUUCUACUUGAUUAAUAUCUGUUUAGUUUGAAUGUACCAAAUCUCAAUAUUUUUACAUUCCACACAAUAAAAGUGAAUGUGGCUUUUACGCAUGUGCUACAAAUGGCAACAUAAUUACUAAUUAUUAAACUCUCACCUGGUUGUUUGUUAAAGUAGAAGCAGUUUUCACAUUCCUAACCAAACUAUUUUUUUCAGCUGAUGACAAAGAAUAAAUAAAACACUUGCAGCUGUUCUGAAAUCCUCAAUAAAGGGUAAUUAUUUUCAAA